AUGAACGACAGCGACGUGAACAGCAAAUAUGACCGCCAGAUGCGACUGUGGAGCUCUUCGGGGCAGACGCGGCUCGUUGGCUCGAGGGUGUGCGUGGUCGAGGCCAACGCUGUGGCGUGUGAGACGGUGAAGAACCUUGUUCUGGCUGGCGUGGGCCAGGUCGUCCUGCUGGACUCAGAGCGCGUUUCCGGCGAAGAUCUCGCGACAAAUUUCUUUGUGGUGCCAGAGGACACGGGCAAGCCGCGUGGCGAACGUGCGGCCACACAUCUGGGCGAGCUAAACCCGGACAGCACCGUGUUGCACGACAAGGCUCCGUUCGAGUCUCUUCUAGAGGACCGUUCGUUCUGGUCCCAGUUUGACUGCGUUGUCAACUGCAGGCUGGAUCCGUGUGUUCCCCUGAUUGACCUGCUCUGGGCCCUGGGCGUCCCGCUGCUGCACGCCCACUCGAUCGGACUCUAUUCCCUGGUCAGACUGUACUGCGAGGAGCGAACGAUGGUGGAGACGCAUUCUCCGCGAGCCGACGAUCUGCGCAUAGACGCGGUCUGGCCCGAGCUGCAGGAGUACGUGGACGCGGUGGACGGGCCCAGCUUGGCAGAGGUGCCGUACAGCGUGCUGCUGAUCAAGGUGUACCAGGGCUUUAUGCGGGAGCACGGGAGCAGACCGGGCACGAAAGAGGCGAGACGGCGGCUUGCGCAGCUGGGCAACGGGGACAACGUCGAGGAGGCGAUCAGGAAGGCCGCGCUGGUGACAAAACGGUCGAGCGAGCUGAGCGACAAACUGGCGCAACUGAUGCAGGAAAAGGUGGACCUGGCUACGGCGAGCCCGUUCUGGGUUCUGGUGGAGGCACUGCGACAGUUUUACGAGAAACACGGCGUCUUGCCGCUCAGCGGCUCGCUGCCCGACAUGGCCAGCAACACGGAAGAAUACCUGAAGCUGCAGAGCAUAUACAGGGCCAAACACGAGGCCGACAAGGAAGAGCUUAAGGGGCUGGCGUUGCAAGUUCUGGCCCAGCAUAAGCGAGCCGAGCAGAUCGCCGAGUCCGAGAUCGAGCUGUUCGUGAAGAACUGCAGCGUCCUGGAAGUGCACAGAGGCUCGAAAAACGUGUGGAGCUCCGAAAUGCUCAGCGAGUCGAACCCGGUGCUGCACAACACCAACAUCUAUUUCGGGUUCCUGGCCCUCAACACGUUCCACAAGGAACACAGACGCCACGCUGCACCCAGAGACCAGUCAGAGGUCCGCGCGCUAGCAAUCUCUGAGCUGUGCCGCUGGGAAACGCUGAAAUCGUUCCCCGAGGGCCUGGAGCUCGUGCUCGACGAGCUGCUCCGGGCAGAGGGCACGGCGCUCCACAACGUCUGCGCGCUGACGGGCGGCAUCGCGUCGCAGGAGGUCAUCAAGAUCCUCACAAACCAGUACGUCUCGUUCGACAACUGUCUCACCUUCGACGGCGUGCGCGGCCAGACCGGUAGCUGGAAAAUCGACUAA